AUGAGGGGAUUCAUCCGUUACGACCAGACUAAGGAGCUAGCCAACGACAAGAAGCUAGAAAUCGCCCACGCAGUCGCAGUAGUGAAGGGAUUGACACGCUCAUUAACCGAAGACGAGGUAGACGGUCCUGUCCAGAAGGGCGGAGAGGAUGAUCUAGAGGAUAUCGAAGAUCAUUCGGACGCUGCCGGCAGCGAACAAUGA